AAUAUCAGGACAAAAUAGUCCAUAAAAGAUGACGCGCGGAGAAGAGUAGAAGACCGUGUGUUCUAAUCGGAAAAGGACUUGUUCGCGGAAGCACCUUGGAUCGUAUUCUGACCCCCUUCGCUGAAGCACUCCCAAAGGUAUUGCGUUUGUAUCUUGAUGAAUUCAACCAUUUCCGUGUCAUCUGCAGUUUCCUCUAAAGUGGGAAACAAGACUGGCUUCUUUUUCUGGGUUCUUGUUUGCUUACUCCCUAAGUUCAUUAAGAGACAUACACUACACUGGGACUUGUAUUUGAUUAUUAAGGGUGUUGAUAGGAUUUCACAUUCUGAUCUAACUUUUGAACUGUUUAGAAAGACUGAGGUUUAGUUCUUCUCUGGCCAUCUGCAUCUCUGAUCAGUACUGUCAGCAUGGUUUUCUCUCAGCUCAUUUCUACCACAAAGUCUUACAUGCCAAAAUCCUUUACGAAUGCUUUUCUUCUACCUCUUAGUCCUCCUGAUGUUCCCUCAGAGCAGGUUGAGUUGGACUUUUCUGAUGUUUUUGGCCCUCUAAAUGAACAACCAAGUAAUGGGAUAUCUGAAAGUCCUACUGUAAGUGAGCUCGUAUAUGAUGAUCCUGAGGUUAUCUGCAACCGAUCACAUUCUUUGGUGGGUCCGUCUUCAUUUGUGAGUCAAUCUUUAAAACUUGGCCGGCUCACCCUUCAUGAAACAGAAGAAGCAUCUGUGGAAGUUUUGGAAAGUUUAACCAUUGAAACAAUUAAAGAAGACCAAACGAUAGGGCUUGAAGAUUUCGAAGUUAUGAAACUCGUUGGACAGGGUGCUUUUGGAAAAGUUUUUCAGGUGAAAAAGAAGGGGACAUCUGAAAUCUAUGCAAUGAAGGUGAUGAGGAAGGACAAGAUUAUGGAAAAGAACCAUGCUGAGUACAUGAAAGCAGAGAGGGAUAUUUUGACAAAGAUAGAUCAUCCCUUUGUCGUCCAGCUUAGAUAUUCAUUUCAGACCAAAUACAGACUUUACCUUGUGCUAGACUUCAUUAAUGGUGGGCACCUAUUCUUUCAGCUCUACCGUCAAGGUCUUUUCAGAGAGGAUCUUGCACGCAUAUAUACAGCAGAAAUUGUAUCAGCGGUGUCUCAUCUUCAUGAAAAUGGUAUAAUGCACAGGGAUCUCAAACCAGAAAAUAUUUUGCUGGAUGCAGAUGGCCAUGCAAUGCUGACUGACUUUGGUUUAGCAAAACAAUUUGAGGCAGAUAAGAGAUCAAACUCCAUGUGUGGAACGGUGGAUUAUAUGUCACCUGAAAUUAUUCUUGGAAAAGGCCAUGAUAAGGCCGCUGACUGGUGGAGUGUAGGGAUUUUGCUUUUUGAGAUGCUUACUGGAAAGCCUCCUUUUAUUGGUAACAGAGAGAAAGUUCAACAGAAAAUAAUUAAGGAGAGAAUCAAACUGCCAACAUAUUUAUCUAGCGAAGCACAUUCUCUAUUGAAAGGGCUACUGCAAAAGGACUCAAGCAAACGGAUAGGCAGUGGGCCAAAGGGAAGUGAUGAGAUAAAGGGUCACAAAUGGUUUAAGCUCAUCAACUGGAAGAAACUGGAGGCAAGGGAAGUACAGCCCAGUUUCCGUCCUGAAGUUGCUGGAAAGCAGUGUAUUGCAAAUUUCGACAAGUGCUGGACCGAUAUGCCCCUGCAAGAUUCCCCGGUUUCCAGCCCUAAUUGUGAUCUCUUUCAGGGAUUCACCUACGUGAGACCUGCUGCCUCCUUCCUUCAGAGGAGCGGUAGCCCUCUCGUCUAGGUACCAGAAUCUGCUUCCUUCCUAGGGUAUACUCCGUAUAUGUUAAAAAGAUGGUUUACUAGAUUUAGCAUGGAGUAAUUGAGUUUGACCCUCAGAUUUGAAUUUAUGCAUUAUUUUAUUUCCCACCAAUAACUUAUGUGCUUGUAUGAGAUUCUCUUUUACAUUUAUU